AUGAAGGGUAGUUCGUUCGGAGGCAGGAAGAGACGAGGUUUGGCGAAGAAAGGGGAAAUAAAUCCGUGCCUGACAUCGCGGGAGGAAGGAAAAGUAGUGUCCUUCAAGUCGAAGGUAGAAAUCAGCAGGCUGGGAGGUCGGUUGAGCGAGGUGGUGGGUCCCGUCGUGGAGGAGGCCAUCGAGCCAGGGGAUGCGACCCCGCUGACGGGACCCUCGAGGGAGUCCUCGGUUCCUCGAGCACCCCCGCCACCGCCGCAGCGUGUCACCACACCGAGUCCGCCGAGACCGCCGCCCACUACGUCUCAGCAUCAUCAGAAUCCGUGUCACCCGGCCCACAAUCCGGGACACCAAAAUCCCGGACAUCGUAACCCGGGCCACUCGCCCAAUCCGGGCAAUCCCGGCCACAAUCCUGGUAACAACCCCGGUCACCAGACCCACAAUCCGGACAAUCCCGGACACAAUCCGGGCAAUCCCGGACACAAUCCGGGCAAUCCGGGCAAUCCCGGUCACAACCCAGGCAAUCCCGGCCACAAUCCGGGCAAUCCCGGACACAAUCCGGGCAAUCCUGGUCACAACCCAGACAAUCCCGGCCACAAUCCGGGCAAUCCCACCCACAAUCCGGGCAAUCCCGGCCACAAUCCGGGCAAUCCCGGCCACAAUCCGGGCAAUCCCGGUCACAAUCCGGGCAACCCGGGUCACAAUCCCGGUAAUCCAGGCCACAAUCCUCAACAGAAUCCUACUGGCCAACCGACACAGAAUCCCAGCCAACCGACCAGUCCGGGACGAGAGGCCCAGAAUCCUCAACCGGCCGACAAGUCAACAGCCGCAGCAAGCGCAACAGCAGCCACCGCAUCUGGAGCACCGUAG